AUGGCUUUGGCUGGCGUGACUGUGUGCGUGGCGUCGGCCAAGUACGCCGGCCUUGGUCCGCGCCAGGACGCUGCGGCAGCGGUCGAGGCUGCAGGCGGGACAGCGACCUUUGUCUGCACGGCAGACGUCGACUACGUCAUGGCUGUGCCCGACGAUGUGGCCAAGGACUCGAAGAAGAUCCGCAAGGCCACGGCGCUCUCGGUCCCGGUUGUGUCUGAGGACUGGCUUGCUGCGGCUGUUGCUGCCGGCGCGCUCGUCGACUGGUCCCCGCACUCGCUGAAGGAGACCGGCGCAACCGCCAGCGGACCUGCUGCAGCGACCCUUGCGACAGCGGGGCCAGGCCGUUUGGCGGCAGCAGCAUCGGCCACAGCGUCUACGGUGCUCGAGGACUGCUGCUUGUUCCUGCAUGCGCCGCGUGGUGAGUCGUUUGCCGACGACAAGGCAGCGCUCUCGGCGGCGGCCGAGGCGCUCGGCGCCGAGGUGGUGAAGCGGUUCUCGGCGGCGCGUGUCUCACACGUCGUCCUGCCGGACGGUGUCGAGCCGCCGCCCAAGUUCCAGUCGGUAACGUCGGCGUUUGUGGUGACCGAGGCCUGGCUGGCGGCGGCGGUGACCGGCGGAAAGCGUGCCGACGAGGCCGACUUUGAGGCAACGGGCGUGGCCGCUCAAUCACGAGGAGCACGCCAGAAGCGCAAGCGGCAGCCGUCGCCGCCGGCAGCUCCAGCCAGUGCGGCACUCCCGACUUCGAUCGCCGGCCUCUGUCUCUGCCUCACUGGUCGGUUUAGCACUGUCCGCAACAAGCUUGAGAAGCAGAUUGCGGCGACUGGGGCUUCGGUUGUCACGUCGGUCUCGUCCAGCGUUGACUACCUGGUUACUGCCAACCCCGGCUCGAAUACGGUCAAGGAACAGACGGCGCUCAGCCUUGGCGUGCCGGUUGUGCCGGCGUCAUGGCUGGAAGGCUUGCUGGCGGGCAAGCCUGUGGCGGCAGCGGCAGCGACAGCGAUGGUACCGGUGCCGCCACCGAAGCGAGCCAAGCCGCUGACGGCCGCCGCGACAGCAGGUGGAAGCGGCGAUGACGAUCAGGACGACGGGCCGUCGUGCGGCCUUCCGCUGAGUGUACAGGCAGUGGUGGAGAUGAUCUGCGACCUCAACUCGACGACGUCGCGGGUGAUGAGCAUGGAUUAUGACGCCAACAAGCUUCCGCUGGGCAAGCUCAAAAAAUCGCACGUCCGCAAGGGACGAGCCAAGCUCAAGGAGAUCGAGGACGAGCUCAACGGGCCGGGCCGGCGUCACGUGCUCACCGACCUUUCGUCCAACUUUUACACGCUCGUGCCGCACGUGUUCGGCAUGCGGCGACCGCCGGUCAUCGACUCGAUCGACAUGCUCAAAACCAAGAUCCAGCUCAUGGACGCGCUGUCGGACAUCCAGGCCACGACCAAGAGCCUCAAGUCUGUGGCGACCUCAUCGGGCCUCCAUCCGAUCACCGCGCGGUACAACAUGCUACAGACAACCAUGGCGCCGGUGGCGCCGGGCUCGGACGUCGACACCAUGAUUCGGAUGUAUGCCAAGAACACACACGCCCCGACCCACAAGCGGUACUCGCUCGAGGUGCUCGACAUCCUCGAGGUCGAGCGUGCCGGUGCAUCUGCCCGCUACGCGCCCCACGGCGCGCUUGCCAACCGCACCCUCCUCUGGCACGGGACGCGGAUGUCCAACAUGGUCGGCAUCCUCCGGCAAGCGCCUGUCACCGGCUACAUGUUUGGCAAGGGCAUCUACGGCACCGACAUGGUGUCCAAGGCUGCGCAGUACUGCUGGGCGACCAAGACCGCCGACGUAGGCCUCCUUGUCCUCGCCGAGUUUGCGCUCGGAACGAGCUACAAGGCACGCGCUGCCGAGCCACUCGACGGCCCACCACCGGGCACGCACUCGACCCACGGCGAGGGCAAGACGCGGACUAAUCCCAAGCACGUCUUUAAGAUGAGCAACGGUGUCCGAGUCCCGCUCGGCAAGCCAGUGCCGGCCAGGCUCGACACAGACUCGUCGCUCCUCUACGACGAGUUUGUUGUCUACGACGAGUCGCAAGUCAUCAUCCGCUACCUGGUCAAGGUGAGGUUCUCGUUCAAGUAA